AUGAUUCGAACUCGUAAAUUUUUGAUGUUUAAUAGAAUUGUCGUAAUUUCCAAUAAUAGACUGCUUCGAACCACAGCUUAUCGAGACAAACAAAAACAGGAACAUAUAUCACCUGACCAACCUCACCAUUCGAGUCCGAAAGAUGAAAAUCCACAAGGAACAGGUCCUACUCGUGAAAAACCAAUGACUGAAGGCCAUGCUAUUAAUAAGGCCAAGGAAGCUUUAGGCAUAAUGAAAGAUACUGCAACCAGUGCUACCGAGAAGGUUAAAGAUGUUUUUACACGUAUGACUACACCUAACGCAUUAGAUACUCAAGCUGAAGCAGUGGCCAAAGGACUUAAAGAAAAGACACAGCAAUUAAAAGAUAAGGGCAGGGAAAAUUUGGAAAACGCAAAAAAUAAGGGUUAUGAUACUAUUGAGAGUGUAAAAGAGAAAGGACAUGAGAUGAUGAAAAAUGAAGAGGGUUUAAAAGAAAAAUGUCAAGGUUCAACAGAUAAAGGUGCUGCGAAAGUUGAUUCUUCUAGAGAACAAAGCGACAGGCAACGAGAACCCAAAGAAAGAUUGGCUAAUCCGAAACCCAUUGAUCGUCACCCUAAAGGACCAAUUGAAGAAAUUAAACAAUCUGUUCAUGAUGUUGCUGACGCAACUAAAGAGCAGAAUAAAAAAUGA